UUGCCCUGCACUUCUCCAGGGAGGAAUGGAGCCUCCUUGAUGAGGGUCAGAGACAGCUGUACCUGAAUGUGAUGCUGGAGAACUUUGAACUUAUAUCCUCUCUGGGUUGCUGCUGUGGAGCAGAGAAUGUGGAGGCAACGACUGAACAGAAGGUUUCUGUAAGAUUGUCACAUGCAAGGAAUCCCAAGUUAGCCUUGUCUUCCCAGAAGAGCGACCCCUGUGAGAGUUGUGGGGUGGUCUUGGGAAACGUUUUCCACGUGAUGGAGCUGCAGGGAACACAACAUGGACAAAUACUGUUGAGGUGUGGGACAUGUGCAAAACAAUUUUUUUUUCACACAAAAUUUCUCCAGCAGCAUGUAAAAGAGAAAUCUUUCACUACAGGUGUGGACAGGAUCUCACUUGCAAACAGCUACAAUUUCAAUGUAUCCCAGAAUCGUUUCACAUGCGGGGAGGUUGGGCAGGGUGUCCUUGCGGGGUCAGGACAUCUCCACCUAAAGGCUACUCAGACCAGGGACAGUCCAACCUCAAUUUCGACGUAUGGGAUGCCUUUUAAAAGGAGAAAAAUUUAUUACAGUAGAAAAGAUUGUAAGGGAGACAUUAGUUGCACCCACCCAUUUAUUCAGGAAAAAGAUGUCCAUCUUGGAAGUCAGUGUUUUCUGUCCUCUGAAUGUGGAAAAUAUUUUUCCAAAUUUCCUAGCCUUCAUUAUCAACAGAGAGGUCAAACUGGAGAAAAGCCUUAUCAAUGCAGUGAAUGGGGAAAAUCUUUUAUCGCUAAUGCUGACGUUCACCAACAUCAGAGAGUUCAUACGGGAGAAAAGCCUUAUAAAUGCAGUGAAUAUGGGAAAUCUUUUACUUCUAAGAAGAACCUUCAUAAACAUCAGAGAGUUCACACUGAAGAAAAGCCUUAUAAAUGCAGUGAAUGUGGAAAAUCUUUUGCAUGGAGCAAUGCCCUUCGUUGUCAUCGAAGAGUUCAUACGGGAGAAAAGCCUUAUAAAUGCAGUGAUUGUGGAAAAUCUUUUGCGCGGAGCAGUGCCCUUCGUUGUCAUCGGAGAGUUCACACGGGAGAAAAGCCUUAUCAAUGCAAUGAAUGUGGAAAAUCUUUUACCUCCAAGAAGAUCCUUCAUCAACAUCAGAGAGUUCACACUGGAGAGAAGCCUUAUAAAUGCAGUGAAUGUAGGAAAUCUUUUACUACUAAAACCGUCCUUCGUCGUCAUCAGAGAAUUCAUACUGGAGAAAAGCCUUAUCAAUGCAGUGAAUGUGGGAAAUCUUUUACCCAGAGCACUGCCCUUCAUCGUCAUCAGAGAGUUCAUACGGGAGAAAAGCCUUAUCAAUGCAGUGAAUGUGGGAAAUCUUGUAACACUAAGAGCGAUCUUCAUCGUCAUCAGAGAGUUCAUACUGGAGAAAAGCCUUAUCAAUGCAGUGAAUGUGGGAAAUCUUUUACCCAGAGCUCUGCCCUUUGUCAUCAUCAGAGACUUCAUACAGGAGAAAAGCCUUAUCAAUGCUGUGAAUGUGGGAAAUAUUUUACCCACAGCUCUUCCCUUUCUUUUCAUCAGAGAGUUCAUACGGGAGAAAAGCCUUAUAAAUGCAGUGAAUGUGGGAAAUCUUGUAACACUAAGAGCGACCUUCAUCGUCAUCAGACAGUUCAUACGGGAGAAAAGCCUUAUCAAUGCAGUGAAUGUGGGAAAUCUUUUAACCAGAGCACUGCCCUUCAUCGUCAUCAGAGACUUCAUAUGGGAGAAAAGCCUUAUCAAUGCAGUGAAUGUGGGAAAUCUUUUACCACAAAGACCGUCCUUCAUCGUCAUCAGAGAGUUCAUACUGGAGAAAAGCCUUAUCAAUGCAGUGAAUGUGGGAAAUCUUUUAACCAGAGCACUGCCCUUCAUUAUCAUCAGAGAGUUCAUACGGGAGAAAAGCCUUAUCAAUGCAGUGAAUGUGGGAAAUCUUAUAAAACUAAGAGCAACCUUUAUCGUCAUCAGAGAGUUCAUACUGGAGAAAAGCCUUAUCAAUGCAGUGAAUGUGGGAAAUCUUUUACCACUAGCGUUGCCCUUCAUUAUCAUCAAAGAAUUCACACUGGAGAAAAGCCUUAUAAAUGUAGUGAAUGUGGGAAAUCUUUUACCCAGAGCACUCACCUUCGUUUUCAUCAGAGAGUUCAUACAGGAGAAAAGCCUUAUAAAUGCACUGACUGUGAGAAAUCUUUUACCCAGAGCUCUGCCCUAUGUCAUCACCAGAGACUUCAUACAGGAGAAAAGCCUUAUAAAUGCACUGAAUGUGGGAAAUCUUUUACCCAGAGCUCUGCCCUUUGUCAUCAUCAGAGACUUCAUACAGGAGAAAAACCUUAUCAAUGCAGUGAAUGUGGGAAAUCUUUUAUCCGGAGCACUCACCUUCGUUAUCAUCAGAGAGUUCAUACGGGAGAAAAGCCUUAUAUGUGCAGUGAAUGUGGGAAAUCUUAUAGAGGCCGAAAUGGUCUCCAAUAUCAUCAGAGAGUUCACAAUGGGAAAAGCCAUUCUGAGUGCAAUUAAUAUGAGGUAUCUCUCAGCCAAAUUUCUAAAUUCGUUCUCCGCAUAAGAUUGCAAAUGUGAGAAAUUUCUUAGAUGUGUAGGAAAUGCAGUUUCUUAGUUAGGACUUAACAAUAAUACAAGAAAAUUUAUGAAUCCUCAUUUUUCUGAAUUGUAUCUCAUACAUUUAAUCGCCUAUAUUCUGUAAGGUUCCCAUAAGUGUUUUUGCUGUUGUGUUUCUGUGAUAUUAUGUUGGAACACUAUGUAAUUAUGUUGCACGUUCUAACAUACAGAGAUGUCCUGCCAGAUCUAUGUCAUUGCAUAUUUCUGUUGCUGAAGGUAUUUCACCUGAACCACCUAUAAGGUCUCUACAGAUGGCAUCAAUCACCGUCCACAUAUGCCCAGGAAAGCCAAGUCUUUUGUCUAAUUUGUUGACAGAAAUGAGGAAUACCUGAGCCCUUAGUUCUUUCUUCUUUCCCUGUCAUGCGUUGCCAUAUAUGACUCGUUACUGUUGUGCCCAUAAACAUAAUGUUGCAGAAGAACUGCUAUUUUCAGUGACACACUUUCCCUAGAUGCUAAUGAUGAGUUUAUUGAGUGCCGAAGUCAUCAAUGGGAGAACUGCCAGACUCAGGUUUCUUUCUUUGCAAAAUAAUGAGGCUUUUUCCUGAGACGUCUUUAAUCUUGUGUGUGCUAUUUAUUGUGUGGGUUAGUUUAUAAGAAAAUCUAGGCUCUCCAAGCAUGGUGAUGUCCAAAACUUUUAUGCGGUUUCAAACCUUUUUGGCCUUGAGAGAAGACCAUGGUGCAGAAAUUAGCUCAGCAGUUUUUGCCAAAUUUACAAUGCUACCCAUAAUUUUCCAGGAAACACUGUGGACUCUCUGGUCCGCAUGUUAAGAUGGAUGCUUAGUGACACAGAGGUCACUCCAAAGAGGGGGUAACUGUGACCAACUCAGUUAUGUCUGGGAGGAUGAAUUUUUUUUUUCCUGGUUUGCAAGGGAUGCCAAUACAUGUGAAGGGAAUCUCUUGCCCAGGUGUUGCAGAGGGCCAUGUGCCCUAAUGCCUACAAUUUCACGAGUGAUGUUCACUGGUUUGAGGACCAUAGCAGUGAGCGAAACCCUUUCACUGCAGGAACACUGACCUAAUUGUUGGACGAGACUGCAGCCCAUUAGAUGGAAGGGACCUCACCUAACUGUGCAUCUAGGAAUCAUUUUGGGGAAAAGUCUACAGGAGUUCUGUGUAUACAGAUCUCAGGGAUCCCAGGCAUGUUUAUUUUCUGUGGAGCGGUCAUUGUCAUUGAUUAUAAACAAGGUUUUUUGUGGCUCUUGUAGCUUCUCAGAUGUUCCUGUCAGAGCCAUUAGUACUCAGGCAGCAAAACAAAGAUGGAGACAAAGCC